AUGGAUGCAUUUGAUGGAGAGUCCGAUCUCUCGGAAGUUGAGGCUCCUCCCACACCAGGGCCAGUUGCGACUCCGCGUGUCGCAUCACCGGAACCAACAGAGCAAGCAGAAUCGGCAGCAGAUGAUCCUUGGCCACCCCGCACCACGCUAAGACGCGCGUCUAGAAGGAUCUCUGGAGCAGAGACGGUCGCGUUCGAAGCGCCAGCUGCCAUCAAACAAGCGCCUGGGUCAACCAGCACCAAAGCCGAGUCCUCUGCUACAACAAGCACUCCUGCACGCCGAGCUUCUACCCGCGACCGAAAGCCGUCAGCGAAGCUGCGAUCGCAAUCGCCCGCGGCAGAUACAAAGUCAUCACCUCAAGCCGCCACCACCACCGCCGCCGCUGCUGCUGCAUCGUCCUCGAACACAGCCGAAACGCCAAGGUCCAAGGUCAAGGUGAAUCUCAGUAGGAAAUCAAAACCAAGCGCAGAUGGAGCAACGAUCGGUGACAGCGGAUCCUCGCGCGGCGCAACGCCUCAGCCGGGCUCUGCAACCAAGGUGACGCUCAAAAUCGGAACUAGACGCAACAAGAAGGCUGAUGACGUGCGGGAUCUUGUCGAUGAGGACGUGGCCGAUCGCGAGGGUAACAAGAGCGAACCCGCGCACAAGGACGAUGUUAAGUCCAAGGACGACUUUGUUCCAGACCGAGGUGUAGGUGAUGACACGAAGAGCGCGUCGGCAACUGGCAAACGUGACAGAAGCACACGCGAUAAGGCGCAGGGACGCAGAAGAGCCGUCAUUGCAGAUGACGAGGCUGGCGACAUGGAUGAGACUGGAGAAGUAUCGAUGGCACCGCAGAAGAAGCGGGCCAAGCUGACACAAAGUGGUUACAAAGGAGAGACUAAGAGCAAAGCUCAACAAUACGGUCGCAGCAGCAAGAGCGGUAAGAAUACGGUUGACUACAGUGAGGACAGUGACGAGGAUGAAGAGAUGGUGGAUGCUGCUUCGGAUGAAGAAGAACUUCUUGAUGCGGCUGGUCUCGACAGUGACGAUUCGUUUGACGAAGAGGAUGCGGGGCCGACUAGAGGCAGUAAGGCGGCGCGAAAGAGCACAUCUAGCGCUGCAGAUGGCAGAAAGAAGGUUGGAGGCCGUGCUUCUGCUGUGUCAAACGCACGCACCAACAAAGUCGGACGCGCAGCAUUGGGCUCAACGGCAUCAUCUUCAAGCGCCAGUGGUGGUAGCAAGGGUAUGUCAGCGGAAGCGAGGAUGCGAGCCUCGAUCGAUGCUGCUGUCAACAAGUCGAUCAAGCCAAUGACCGGUGCCGCAUCCGCCUCAUCGACCAAACUCAACCCGCAAGCUUCCGCUUUCCGGCCCGGCAGCGUCAGCACGCUCAAGUCAGGCGCUGCAUGCACUGGUGCUGGUCGAUCCGUUGCGACUUCGUCGGGCGCGAAACGCACUGCUUCCACGGGCGGUAAACCGGCGUUUGGCAAAAGCAUGUCAGGCUGGGAUCAACUGUUUGGCGGCAUUUCUGGGCUUUCCUCGUCGUCCACAUCAACACCCACUAAAUCGACCCUAGCCAAACCCGGCGUCGGCGCCAGCGGUAGCAAAUCCUCCACAUCCGCAUCCGCCUCGGCCUCGGCGACGGGCAUUCGACCCGAUCCACGCCUCGAAUCCGCGUCGCCGGCUGAGGUACAACAGAUACGAGAGGCAGCUAGGCAGGAGCAUCUCAAUACGGACGAGUGCUUUGAUCUCCUGGCUCACGCGGAUAUCAUGUUGGCGUUUGAAAGGUCGAUUUAUCUCCAAGAUCGCAAGCUAUCAGCGAGGCUGAGACCGCACAACUUCAACGCCGGGAGCAUCUUGGUCUCGCAGAAACACAAGCAGCAGCAGAAACUGGCAGGAGGCUCUAUGAUGGUCGCAAAAUGA